UUCCGAAUGUCUGAAUUUAUGGUGCUUGGUCCUUGAAAUAACGUAUCCAUGGAUACCAAGAUAACUUCUCGCAUUGAUUAAUCAUCAACCCUGUAUGCCAAAGUUUACGAUUAGCCAGUUCAAUUGAAGUCUCGAAAAAUAACUGGGGAUAGAAUAAUCACAGAAUGGAUCAAGAAAUCAGCGAAAGUUGUUCAAUUCCGAAUGACAAGUUGUUGGAUCAUGUAUCGCCUGACCAGAAAUUAACGGAGGAAGAAUUUCAGAAUUUUAUGCAACGAGUGACACAAGUCGAAAAAAUCGUGAAGAAAUUAGCCUCAGACGACGUGAAUGAACAAGAAAAGGGUAAACGUCUAGCCGACGAAAUAUUGGGGGAAAAUUCAAAUAAAGAAUUUUCCGAAAUUAAUGAAAUUCGAAUAAAAAAUGAUCGGACGUUAAUCAAUAAAAUCUCACAACCGGAGGUCGAUCCGAAUAAAAUGUCUCAAGAGGCCUUUAUGCGACAUGUUGAAAUCGACGCGAGGGAACGAGCCGAAGAUCGUAAAAUAAGAUACGAGCGAGCCGAUACUUACAAGAGAAUUGCAAAUGGCGCUUUUGGUCUCAAAGACUAUGAAAAAGCAAUAACUUAUUACAGCAAAGCGGUGGAACAACGAAAAGAUUCGGCUUUGCUCUGGAACAAUCGAGCACUGUCGUACAUGCGUUUGGGUCUUUAUGAAACAGCUCUCAGUGACCUUGAAUGGGCUUUGAAAGUCAACGAUGCUAAUAUCAAGGCACUUCUGAAUAGUGCCAAAUGCCAUUCCAAGUUGUCCAACGAAGCGAAACGCGACGAAUUUCUUGAACUUGCUCGUGAACGAAAUCCACGCUUCACCAACUACAUUAACGAUUUUGAGAAAGAAUUGAAAAACGAUUGCGGUUUCGAAAACACACAAAAUGUAAAUACUCCGAUAGAUUGAGUGGUUCAGUUGUCAUCGAAGGACGAUGAGAAAAUCGAUUAAUUCAACUGAUGAUUCAUCACUAA